AUGCCCGAUGACAAGAUCAAGGCGAAGCUCGACAAAUAUACACGACCCGAAAACAUCAACGGCUUGAGAACGCCGAAGGUUAACCCCCUAAAUUGGAGCCAGCUGUCCGCCACAAUGAAAGCACAAGAUGCUAGAUCUCAGAAAGGGCAAAAUGCUCUCAUCGGCUCCGUAAUAGCCAUGACCAAGGCUACCGAUUUGGUUCUUGCAAAGUACAGCCAGGAUAAAGAUCUGAUUACCCUCUUGACAGACGCUAUUGCAAUGGCGCUUCAAUUCAACCACGAGGUUAACCACUCGCGGCGCGUGGCAAUGAAGAAGGAAUUGCAUAAAGAUUAUGCAGCACUCUGCAACUCGUCCACUGUUGAAGGCUCUUCGGAGCAGUUGUUUGGCGACCUCUCCAAACUUGCUAAGGACAUUUCCGAAGCCAACAAGUUAACUAAGAAGGUUCGCCCGUCGCAUUCCACGAAUUCCCGCGGUGACAAGUACGGCGGACGCUCAAGUUAUGGUUCGAGCCAGGGAAACAGAAGAUUUUACUCCUACUCAAAAGGGAAGGCCUAUAAUUUUUUAGGCAACAGCCGCUUCUCCAAACAAAGAAAGAAAAAGGACGGAGAGACGAGUCAGCGGCAAUGAAAAUGCCAGAGGUAUGUAAUGAAAACAUGACUCUCCCUAAAGGCCUCGAGCCUAGUAUACUAAGUACACUCAAAUUACAAACUAAAUUUCAAGCAGGACAGCUUCGAAAUUUCUUACCUCAAUGGAAAACUGUAACAACCGAUCCCACUAUACUUCAAUUUGUUUCCGGGGUCAAAAUAGAAUUUCAAAACAAUUCUCUGCCCACGCAACAACAUAAGAGACCCAGUGUUUUUAAUACUAAACAGCAUGCUAUUGUUAAAGCGGAAAUCGAUAAACUACUCACUAAAGGUGUUAUUAUACCCGCGGCACAAGAAACGGGGGAGUUUAUCUCUACCAUAUUCCUUAGACCGAAAAAGGAUGGCACGCACCGCACCAUUCUCAAUCUUAAAGAGUUUAACGAAUUCGUAGCUUAUCAUCAUUUUAAGGUGACUCGACCCAGUUUUUUUGGGGGGGUACCAUCCUACUUUGAAGCUCUCUGGUAUCCCCACCUUUUCUUUUAUCGUAAGUCUAACACAUAGAAUGGAUAACAUAUAGAUCAAUCUACAAUAUAACAUAAAAUUUUUGGCGAUCGGAGUAAAUGUCACGUGGUUAUAAUGCCACGCCCCUUUGAGGUCUGCGUCGAAAAUCGGCUGUUGCCGAUAUUUUUUCGUGAAAAUCUCUCGGCUACACGUAGUGCGCAUUAGUGCCUUGCGCUGAACAGAGUUUCACCAAAAUCGCAAAGACCCAAUUCGAGAAAUUCAGCGGUUUCCAAAUUUAGGUCAUAAUUUAUGCGAAAAUGAUAAGCAAACUUUACACGGAUUAUAUAUAAUAAACUGUGAGAUUCAUCCCUUUAUUUUGGGCAUCGUUAUAACAGAUGGGUCCUUGCAAGUCAGCAAAAAGCUUUAGGGCCUUGUAAAUGCGCGCGAUUUCGAGCAAAGCAAACAUAUAGAAAUUAUAGUUUUCGCUAUUUGUUGACGUUUGUCAGCGUUUAAGAGUCCUUCUCACGAAAAAAGCAUUUUCUUAAAAAUUCGUAGUUUUUUUUUCCUUCAAAUUUUUUCAGGGCCACAAUUGAUUAACUAACUACCCGCACUCUGAAUUUCAUGGUCAUUGAAAAAUUGUGACAUUAUCUUCUAUAAGCCCAAACUUGAGUAAACUUUGAAGAUUUUUAGCGUUUUGGCUGAGUUUGUGCUUUGGGAGUUGUCUAUUGUUUCUAGUCUGUCAUUAUACAGCAUUCUUGUUCAGCACGCGUGCAAUGACCGCGCUUGGCUGACUUCCAAAUGCUCACCGAGAUAUUAUAAUUUUGGUACAGUGAGACAAGCCAUCGCGUGAUACAUAAAGGUUUAACUAACAAUUUUUAAUCAAUUCUCGUGCUUCUUGUGUCUUUGCAAAAAAUCAAGAAGUGCUAAACACUAAAUCUACUUACUAUUACAAAAAUAUCAUUUUUUUCAUAGGUUUAAUGCAAGCCAAUAAUUAAACCAACUCGUGACGGGAAUAUCUCGGUGAGCAUUCGGAAGUCAGCCAAGCGUGGUCAUUGCGCGCGUGCUGAACAAGAAUGCUGUACAAUGACAGACUAGAAACAAUAGACAACUCCCAAAGCACAAACUCAGCCAAAACGCUAAAAAUCUUCAAUGUUUACUCAAGUUUGAGCUUAUAGAAGAUAAUGUCACAGUUUUUCAAUGACCAUGAAAUUCAGAGUCCGGGUAGUUAGUUAAUCAAUUGUGGCCCUGAAAAAAUUUGAAGGAAAAAAAACUACGAAUUUUUAAGAAAAUGCUUUUUUCGUGAGAAGGACUCUAAAACGCUGACAAACGUCAACAAAUAGCGAAAACUAUAAUUUCUAUAUGUUUGCUUUGCUCGAAAUCGCGCGCAUUUACAAGGUCCUAAAGCUUUUUGCUGACUUGCAAGGACCCAUCUGUUAUAACGAUGCCCAAAAUAAAGGGAUGAAUCUCUUGGUUUAUUAGAUAUAAUCCGUGUAAAGUUUGCUUAUCAUUUUCGCAUAAAUUAUGACCUAAAUUUGGAAACCGCUGAAUUUCUCGAAUUGGGUCUUUGCGAUUUUGGUGAAACUCUGUUCAGCGCAAGGCACUAAUGCGCACUACGUGUAGCCGAGAGAUUUUCACGAAAAAAUAUCGGCAACAGCCGAUUUUCGACGCAGACCUCAAAGGGGCGUGGCAUUAUAACCACGUGACAUUUACUCCGAUCGCCAAAAGUUUUAUGUUAUAUUGUAGAUUGAUCUAUAUGUUAUCUAUGCUAUGUGUUAGACUUACGAUAAAAGUAAAGGUGAGGAUACCAGAGAGCUUCAAAGUAGGAUGGUACCCCCCCAAAAAAACUGGGUCGAGUCACCUUAAGAUGGAUACCCUAGAGGCGGCCAUCAGUAUGAUGAAACCAGGCUGCUUUAUGGCAUCAGUUGAUCUCAAGGAUGCUUAUUACACCGUUCCCAUUCACCCCUCUCACCAGAAAUAUCUCAAGUUUUGUUUCGACGGCGCUUUCUAUCAAUACACUUGCCUACCUAACGGCCUCGCCAGUGCGCCUCGUAUUUUCACAAAAUUACUCAAACCUGUCUAUGCUACACUUCACAGCAUGGGUCACUUAAAUUCAGGCUACAUUGAUGAUUCUUAUCUCCAAGGGGAUACUGUUGCGGACUGUCAACAAAACGUUGGAGACACUGUCACCUUAUUUACCAGCCUAGGGUUCUUCAUCCAUCCAGAAAAGUCGGUUUUCGUUCCUACCCAGCGGUUGACGUUCUUAGGGUUUGUUCUGGAUUCGAUUAGGAUGACAGUUACGCCUACCGAAGCAAAAAUCCAGAAAAUCAAAUCUAGUUGCGACACUCUCCUGAAGACCCCCAUGCCCACUAUAAAACAAGUCGCAGAGGUUAUCGGCAUUUUAGUGUCCAAUUUCCCCGGAGCUCAAUACGGGCCACUUCAUUACAGAAAAGUGGAACGUGACAAAUAUCUCGCCCUCGUGUUUAACAAAGGAAAUUAUGAAGGGAAAUUACGGCUAUGCCCCAUGGCGCUACAAGAAAUCCGCUGGUGGCUAAAUAAUGCUAUUACCUUACACAGAGAUAUUCAACAUCCCCGCCCUAGCGUGACAAUUCAAUCGGAUGCGUCCAAAUUGGGGUGGGGAGCGGUUUUUGGGGCACAGAAAACAGGGGGAAGGUGGACCCUUGCGGAAACCGAAUCUCACAUCAACGUAUUGGAAUUGCUUGCGGCUUUCUUUGCCCUAAAAUGUUAUUGCAGCAAAAUGGGGAACUGUCACAUACAGCUUCAGAUCGACAAUACCAGGGCCAUUGCGUACAUUAACAACAUGGGGGGCUCUAACUCAAAAGAACUUGAUCAAUUGGCUUUUCAAAUUUGGGAAUGGUGUAUAACUAGGCACAUUUGGCUCUCCGCUGUUCAUAUUGCUGGUCGGCUGAAUACCGGUGCUGAUGAAAAAUCUCGCGUGUUUUCGGACAACCAUGAGUGGAUGUUAAAUAAACAGUUGUUUGACGACAUCCUAUCACACCACCCUGGGCUGGAUUGUGAUUUUUUUUGCCAGCAGAUUAAAUUUUCAGAUCAGCACUUACUGCUCGUGGCGCGGCGAUCCACACACUGCCUACAUCGAUGCUUUUACUAUGAACUGGAGUGGUUACAAAUUUUAUGCAUUUCCACCUUUCAGCCUCCUCCCCAAAUGUUUACAGAAAAUCAGACAAGACAGAGCGCACGGAAUACUCAUUGCUCCUCUUUGGCCAACACAGCCGUGGUUCCCUCUCCUGCUACAAUACCUGUGCGAUCAACCUUGGAUUCUGCUUCUACGCCCGGACCUUCUGAAACACCCCUCACACAGUCGACCCCACCCACUGCACAAGAAACUCCACCUAAUGGUAUGUCCUGUGUCAGGGGAGCCUUCAGCCGCUACAACUUUUCAGAAGAAGUUACCGAUGUGCUCAUGGCCUCUUGGAGGUCGGGCACGCAGAAACAGUACCAAACCUAUCUUAACAAAUGGAUGGCGUUUUGCGGUGAGAGGAGGAUUGCUUACUAUUCACCACCACUAAAUGAAGCCCUCCAAUUUCUUGUACGACUAUUUAAUCAAGGACUGAGUUAUUCCGCGCUAAACACUGCCCGCUCUGCUCUUUCUGCAAUUAUUAUAACGGAAGGUGGGGAGUCUUUCGGUACUAAU